ACGAAUUUGAAGAUGCAGCGGUGCCGGCGGCUCGUCCAGGCGGGGUUUCUGUUGAGCUUCUAGGUUUUACAUUUACCGUCGUCGAGGAUGUCUCGUUAUGGCUGGCCAGAGCCGCCGCAUUUACAACCAGUUUAGGUCCGUGUCAGGCCAAGUCAGCAGUCAAGAACAACGAAGACCACCGCAGCUUGAGGAGGUUCGCUCGUCCACAGAGAUCCGGCUGUGGCUGCCACAGAUUCAGGAGGAGAUUGAAGUCUGCCUCCAGCGAGCUCAGGACCCAGCCCAGUCCACAUACCAAGCGGCGGAUUUCCAACGGCGAGCACGCCAGCUGCAGGACUACUACCGGGCAUGCCGCUGCAGGCUCCAGGAGCUUGACGGGAGUGAGACAACGUCCUCGUCCGACCCCAUUCCGGUCACAGUCACGCACCACGUGUCCACCACUGCUGUGUCAGAGGGCCCCCAGGAGUCACUACAGGAUGACGAGCUGAGCCACUCUUCGCUGGAGGAAGUCUCAAGCGAGAGCAUCUGCGGCCAACUUGUUGCUGCAGCGGCAGUAGCUGUCAGGGGCAGCUUUGAAUCGUGCACCAAGUCUUGCAGUGACUGAACAGCCACAUCUGGACGUGCAAGCCAGACAGUCCAUGAAGAGAAAUAUUUUUGUUGUGUGGCGGAAGCCUACAUCUGGCGUCCAUGAUGAGUGUUCAAUAGUCAAAGACCAGAGUGAAGAAAAUAGGCAGAAC